UUUUUUUAUUUUUCCUAAUUAGAUAAUUAGUGGAGUGUGGCUAAGUAGGUGGGCAGAUGAAGUUAACAUAGGAUAUGACGAUAAUCACAAUCUUCUUAUUUAUGCUGGAAUUAUUUUUUCUCAAUUAUUUCUUACGAUUACAUGUGGAAUUGCUAUGUUUGCCUCGGGAACAAUGGCCGCUGAGAAACUCCAUAGUUGGGUUCUUCAAUUUGUCAUGAGAGCGUCACAGAUGAUAUUUGAAACUACUCCUAUCAACAAAAUCAUUGAUAGCUUUGACAAGGAUUUUCGAUACGUCGAUGAAAAAAUACCAGAAACAACUUAUGUAUGGCUGCUAUUGAUUUUUAAAAUUCCGGCAUUGUUGGUUGUGAUCUUCAUUGCAAGUCCUUUCCUCGCUGUUGGCUUAAUUCCAGUAGUUUACCUAUUUAUUGUUAUUCAAAGACAUUAUUUAAACACUCGGCAACAACUUCAUCACUUAACAGCUGCCACAAGUUGUCCAUUAUCUGGUUUACUAGAUGAUACUUUCCAAGGCAUUUCUCAUAUCAGGACAUCCAAAGCGGAAUCUAAUUUUCUACAUCGUUUUCAUACAAAACUGGACACUCACAAUAAUUGUUUUUUUCUCUAUCUAGUAGUUUCAAGAUGGAUUAGUUGCGUCUUAGAUAUUUUAACAGCUCUAUUAGUGCUUGUAACGACAAUUGCAGCCUUUUAUGAACAAGAGCAAGGUAGAAGCUUUAUCGUACUUUCGAUCAUAUAUGCUAUGCAGUUAGGAGAAGUUUUGACAGCUUUGGUGUACACAAGCUCGCAAUUAGUUGCUGAUUUAUCCCCAUUCGAAAGAAUUAUUGGAUUUUCUGAGCUGAAGCAAGAAUCAGAAUGGGAAGAUCCAGCUAAUAAACCACCAGAAGAUUGGCCUGAGUUUGGUUCCAUACGAGUUCAUAAUCUGAGCACCGCCUAUGGAGAAGGAAUGUAUCCAGUUAUUCAUAACAUAAAUCUUUCAGUAGCCUCAAGAGAAAAGGUAGCUAUUAUUGGAAAAGAAGAAUCCGGAAUCUAUACUUUCCUGUAUACCUUAUUCAGACUUAUCGAACCAGCAGAAGGAAACAUCGUUAUAGAUAAUAUCUUUACACAAAAUUUAGGACUUCGAGAUUUACGUUCGAAAUUAGGUGUUAUUCCACAAGAAACUAUUAUUUUCAAAGGAUCACUCAGGCAUAAUUUGGAUCCAGGUCAAAUAUAUUCAGACGAAGAAAUGGAAGAUGCUUUGGAAAUUAUUCGUGUAAAAUACGGAGUUGAGUUUCCACAGCUUGACAGUAUUAUAGACGAACAAAUGAGUAGUGAAGAAAAGUAUCUACUGUCUAUUGCUCGUUGUCUCUUAAAGAAGCCCAAGAUCGUUAUUAUAGAUGAGCAGGAACCGCCUAAUGCAACCACCAGAUCUCUUUUUCAGGAGAGCACCGUCUUAUCAUUUUCCGAACAGACUUUAACGGACUACACAGGAAGGGUCAUUCGCUUUAUGAGUGGGGAAAUCGUUCCUGAAGAAACUAAUGAAUAGUUUAUUGAGUUGAAGACUACCAUUACCUGAGCUUAUUUAUUACUUCAUUACAAAGACUAUUCAUUUCAUUUAGUAUUUUAACUUAUCAUUACUUUGUAUAAUAUUACUACAAAUUAAAAAGAUUUUCUGC